AUGGGUUCAGUAAUGAGGAAGCCAAACACCAUGCACCGCUUUCCUCUUUUAUGUUGUUUCUUUAAUCAUUUUUCAAAAUGUACUUGCUUUCAUGGAGUACGAAGGCUAGGCUCUGCUGCUGCUGAUAUAUCCCAUGUUGGUCUACGCAUUACAGAGGCUUACUGGGAAUAUCGGCUUAAGCCGUGUGACAUGGUUGCUGGCAUUCUGGUACUCCUUCUUACAUUGUGGAAUCAGAUUUGCUAA